AUGCGUUUCGGCUUUCUAUUCACGCUUCUGGGCUGUGUGGCAGCGACAGUGUUGAAACAGAACUCGCUCGUUAGACGAGAUCCCUCGACCGAUCCUGAGGACUUCUCCUGGAUCAAGAACUGGGCCGCUGUCGGGGACAGCUUCACUGCCGGCAUUGGAUCCGGCAAUGUAUACAGCUCGCGCAAGGAAGACAAGUCCUGCUCGCGGUAUGACUAUUCAUACCCGGCUAUCAUGAACCAGUUUUUCGGUGGCUCCGUGAAGAGCUUCACCUAUACAGCGUGCUCCGGGGCCACGUCGGUGGACGUGGCGAAGCAGAUCGAUGACCUGCCGACAGGCUUGGAUCUGGCCGUGUUAACGGCGGGAGGAAACGAUCUCUGUCUGACGAGCAUCAUAACCAAGUGCAUCCUGCUGUCAGUCACGUCCGAGUCGACCUGCCAGAGCGCCAUCAGUGCCGCACAGAACGCCAUUGAUAAUAUCCUGGAGGACAACGUGGCAUCGCUUCUGACAUCGCUGGACUCGAAGAUGGGCCGAAAUGGAAUCAUCGUGCUUGCAUCGUAUGCGCAGUACUUCAACAACGCAACCAGCGACUGCACCAAUAACCAGGACUGGGUGUUCCCCGGACAAGCAGGGAGCACGAGUCUUCUCUUGACCACGGCCCAUCGGACGAGCUUCAACACGCUGGUGAAGAAUACCAACGCCAAGCUGCAAGCGGCCGUCUCCAAAGUCGCCAAAUCCGCUAGCUCGACCAUCGUCUUCGCUGACUGGGACGACUGGGGCGAGGCGACCAGCGGUCGUUUCUGUGAACCGGGCUCUUCGCCAAACCCGGACGAUCCCAGCAAUGCCAACGUGCUCUUCUUCAAGCUGCCCACGUACAAGACGUAUAUCCCGGGAACCUUGUACAAGAGAGACUUCGAGUGGGACCCGCUCCCUGUGAUGGAGGUAUCAUCAAACAUCUCCGUCGUCCGGGAGGAAGAGGAACAAGAGGCAGAGCGGCGAGGACUUGCGAGACUCCUGGAGUGGGCAUCCAUGCCCCUGGCAAAACGCGGUUCUCCCACCGGCCCAGCAUGCUCCAAAUCAGGCCUGUCCAGCCUGCUGCCGGACGGGAUUGGCAAGAUCUUCCACCCCAACACCGUGGGCCACGAAGCCGUCGCCUCGUACGUUACCUGGGCGAUCGCCAAUGCCCGGGCUGGCAUCCUGGGCGUGGCCAGUCCCGCGUGCAGUAUCGUCGAUGAGUUGAAGUGUUUCCAGCAAACCGGAUCCAAGGGCUACGCCAGCGCGUACUCGCUCUACUCCAGCACAGCCAAGUUCUGCCGCAUGGCCGUGCCGGACAUCAACAGCAAAGGCCCCGGGACGGCGUUCAGCUACAGCUUCAACGAGGGUACGCCCGACGAAUCCGUCUUCACAGUCACCAUGGACUCGGGCGCGAGUGAACUCGACGAAGGCGCAUGCAAUACGGCCAUCAACCGCAUCCUGGACGGCUGCGACGGCAACGACCCCAAGAACCCGAUGAACUGGAAAUUCGGCGGCAACUACAUCAACGGCGGGUUCACGUACAACAUCGCGAUGGCCCGAGACAACCGGCCUUUCCCGCCGCCGACGGAGCCGUCAGCCAAGUGCCAGGGGAAGUACAAGGUCGUGCUGACGCGGUACAACAUCCGGGGUGCCGGGUGGGCUACCUGGGACUCCGGACAGAAGACCCUGCGGCCGAACAGCACGCAUUGCUUCGGGAAAGGGUUGACCGGCUGGUCGUUCAAGUACUUUGACGAGCCGGAUGAAGAUGGGUACGAAUGGCUGGCCAAGUUCAACUCGCCGAUUUGGACGGAGGCGCGAUGCUACGCGAACAAUAAAGUGCAGAAGGCUGCGGGAGGGCCUGCUCAUGAUGGAUGUCAUUGA